AUGAAAUAUUCUUUGAGUGUCCCCUGGAUUUUAAUGAAGUUUAGUAAAACUUUGAAAGAAAAGCAAGUGCAAGAAUGGAGAGCUAAGUAUUUGAAUUAUGAAGACCUAAAAGAAAAGAUUGAUAUGACAGAGGAUGCGUUCAUUAGUGAGAUUAAUAAAGAAGUAGAGAAAGUAGAGGCCUUCUAUAAAAUAUUGGAAAGAGGAAUAUUACGGGGCUUAGCUGAUUUGCUAGAAUUAUUUCCAGAGGAGGACUUUCCAUAUGCAUAUGAAAUGGUAUAUGAGAACUGGAAAUUGGCCAUGGCCAAGUCAGUGAGUGUUCGGCAUAAAAGAAGCCGGCAGGAAAGGCUACCCAAAAAAUCAAUUCACAAAGUUCGGGAGAACAAGGUUUUAGAAUUUUAUGUUGCUCUGAAUAAAAUUGUGCAGUAUAAGCGUAUGAAUAUAACAGGGUUCAGAAAAAUAUUAAAGAAGUAUGACAAGAAAAAUGGAACAAGCAUACAGGGCCGAAUGAUGGAGGAAAUACGCACGAGAUCCACAUUUGUACAGCAGACUGUAGAGGAAAUCAUUGAAUUUACAAGGUACCUGCAUAAGGAAAUAACGCCAAAUAGGCAUAGGGAUAAGGCAAAAAGACUUGUAGCAGAUUUAACAGAAGAAGACGCGCAGGGAGAUGGAAAGAGCUUUGCUGCAGGCGCGAUGAUGAGUGCUGGCCUAUUUAUGAUGGGGCUCUCUCUGCAGAAUAAUACAAAUAUCAUGUACUAUGGAGCUCUUUAUACAUUUGACAUACUUUUCCUUUCUUUAGGAGUGCUGUUUUAUGUGUGCCGUAAAAACCUGGUCAACUACAGUCUAAUUCUUGAGCUAAACCUUAAGCCAAAGUUUAAAAUAUCCAGCUACUUUCUUAUGUGCACCAUUGUAUUUUUAAUGCAUUCGGUUGCAGGGUACUUAGAUAUACCAAGCUGGCUGAUAUAUAUUUUAACAGUGUGCAUCAUUUGCAUGCCAAUAGAUCACUUUUAUAAGGAAAUUCGUAUGUACCUAUUACAGACGGUUUCGGAGGUGCUGGCAUGCAGUGUUCUAGGAAAAGUUCACUUCAAGCACUUUUUUAUUGCAGACUAUUUUAUAAGCAUUCGCUCUGCGCUGCUUCUGUCAAUCACCAUGGGCCUGCAUGAGGCCCCAGGGCCCAAGAUUACAUGCUGUAUUUUGUAUAUUCCUAUAAUGAUUCGUGUAUUCCAGUGCAUUAGAAGACACAUUGAGAAGACGAACCGGCAGCCAUUUCCUCACUUGUAUAAUACAUUAAAAUAUAUGAUCUCAUUUACCAGUGAUACUUUACUGAUCUUAUCUGAUACUAUAAAUAUCUGGGUGUGCGUGGGUGCAUUACUAAUUUCCAACGGCUUUGGAAUGUUCUGGGAUGUGUAUGUUGACUGGAUGCUGUGGAGUAGGCCAAAGGUAUACCACAGAGAAGUGUAUAUUUUUGCCUGCCUGUUUAAUCUAAUUGUGCGAAUUUUGGCAGUUUCAAGCCCUCUGGUAAGCCUGGCAAUGCAAGAUUACCAGUUUGAAGCCAAACUCAAGAUUAAAUUAGUAAUGUGCUUCCUAGAGAUGAGCAGAAGAAUCAUAUGGGGAAUAGUGCGUAUAGAAGUGGAGCACUUAAAUAACUGCAAUAGACUAAAAGCGAUUAGUGGGCCACUGAAUGAUCUUUUCUAUCUUGAGGACGAUGGCCACAUUGAAAUAUAACCCAAAUUAUCCACAACCGGCAGUAUACCUUUAAAUACCCACUAAACCCGAAUAGCGCAGGUAGUGCAUUAUUAUUAUGAUAAAACAAAGGUAUAUUCUGCUUCCCGUAUAUAUUCUGGGCAGGCCUAUCCAGUAUAAAGAACUGUGAAAGUAUUAAAUCUAGUAAUUUCGGGCUAUUUAAGAAUAACCCGAAUAGAUGAACACUCUACAUAUUCUAAAAUACACAGCCUCUUAACAGAGUUAAAUAUAAGAAAAUUAAUAAUUCUACUAUCAGAGAUAAGCUCAGUAGAUAAAUACUGAUGUAGUGACUAUGUCUAGCAUGUAUAAUAAAUGCCACUAAUAAUUUUAAUUGGCAUUUAUUAUACUAUUCUAGCUAUUAAUAAAUAAAGAAUAC